AUGUUCGUGUGGAUAUUUUUAACCAUUUCUCUCGUCUCUGCAAUAGUAGAAGAUGAAUUUACUAUUAUACGAGAUAGCACCGCAGAAAACUGUAAAAUUUGUUACGGAUUCGACUGUACCACUUUAAGGAAACCAAGAUGCGAGUAUUAUGGUGAAGUUUAUGCCAGUUAUGCAAAUAUUGAUGAUUAUGAACCGGAAGAUAACGAUUUGAACGACGAAGUUGGAAACAUGUUACUGCAAUAUGUUGAUAAAGCAUCUACGGAGCCGUACGAAGAUUGUCUCCCUCUAAUAUCACAGUAUACCACCUGCAAUAAAGAUAACAUUUGCGUUGACUGCAAAAUAUGUAGCUGUAAUGUCUAUGGAAGAUGGAAUUGCAGCUCAGUUCAGCGCUGUUUAAAGAAUGAUCCUCUGAUCGCAGACCACAGAACACUGGUUGUAGUGAUGGAAAAACUCCGGAGAUAUAUAAACUCACAUUCCAAUGAAAGAUUUAAAAGAUCGACCAAUGAAAUUAAUCAAGACAGUAAAAUAAGCUACGAAGAUUUAUUAACAUGGUUAUAUGGAAUUGAAGGCUUUGAAAAUGCAGCUCAGAAUAAAACGGAAAUGUCUAUUAAGAUAACAAAUACAAACACACACAAUGACGUAUCCAAGAAACAAACCAAUCAUACUAAUUCAGAAUCUGAUUUGCUAAGUUUUAACGAUUUAUUAAACAGCGCGAUGGAAGAUGACAAUCUCGAUAUAAAUACUAAUCACACUGGAGCUAUACUCUACAAAAGUAACGAUCCAAUCACUUUUGAUCUAUUAAAAGAAAUUGGUGCUUAUUAUGAUACUGAGGCAGGUGAAUUAAAUAUACCCAACGGAAAACCAGAAAAUAAAACAACCGCUUCCCUGAAAACCGCAAUUAGUAAUAUUAGAGAGAACGAAAAUGUUAUAUUUUCUUUAAAUGAUGUGAAAGAAAAUAUUAUAAAUAUAAAGAAACGUGAUAUACCUUCAGAUGCAAAUGAAACGGAUAUUCUUUUACCAAUAAAUUAUAACAAUACUAUUGACAAAAUGGAGGAAUUACAAAAGAAUAUUGUAUUUUCUUUAAAUAAAAAUAUAAACUCACAUUCCAAUGAAAGAUUUAAAAGAUCGACCAAUGAAAUUAAUCAAGACAGUAAAAUAAGCUACGAAGAUUUAUUAACAUGGUUAUAUGGAAUUGAAGGCUUUGAAAAUGCAGCUCAGAAUAAAACGGAAAUGUCUAUUAAGAUAACAAAUACAAACACACACAAUGACGUAUCCAAGAAACAAACCAAUCAUACUAAUUCAGAAUCUGAUUUGCUAAGUUUUAACGAUUUAUUAAACAGCGCGAUGGAAGAUGACAAUCUCGAUAUAAAUACUAAUCACACUGGAGCUAUACUCUACAAAAGUAACGAUCCAAUCACUUUUGAUCUAUUAAAAGAAAUUGGUGCUUAUUAUGAUACUGAGGCAGGUGAAUUAAAUAUACCCAACGGAAAACCAGAAAAUAAAACAACCGCUUCCCUGAAAACCGCAAUUAGUAAUAUUAGAGAGAACGAAAAUGUUAUAUUUUCUUUAAAUGAUGUGAAAGAAAAUAUUAUAAAUAUAAAGAAACGUGAUAUACCUUCAGAUGCAAAUGAAACGGAUAUUCUUUUACCAAUAAAUUAUAACAAUACUAUUGACAAAAUGGAGGAAUUACAAAAGAAUAUUGUAUUUUCUUUAAAUAAAAUUGUAAAUGAGAAACAAAAUGAACUUAAAAAAUUAACAAAUAUUAAAGAAAAACUUAUUUUAUAUCUUAAAACGUUCGGAAAUAUAAGUAUUCCAAAUGACAUAUCAAAUGAUUCAAAAUACAAUGAGAAUCCCAUCAUACAUUUAUACCAAUUUGAAGCAAAUCAGCCAAACGAAGUUUUAAGAAAACACGAUCCAAAUAUAUUAGAGAAAUAUUUGAAAAAAUUAAAAAGGGACAUCUUUGAAGUAAUAAGGGAUAUUGCAGGAAUACAAAAACUGUCGAAUACUUCCAUGCCUCACAACCUCAAUGUUCUCGUACGAUCUAUGAAAUACUACGUUAACGAAGAAAAUAAGAAAUCAAAUAUAACAAAACACAAUAAGGUUAAUUUUCGAAAACAAUUUAACUCGCAUGAUACGAACGAAAGAAAUAAUCGUCUUGUAGAUAUUAUUAUUAAUAUUCUAGAAGUUUUAGACAGAGAUGCACCCACUAAUGAUGUUUUAGUCACUGUGUCUCCUAAUUUAAGAAGAAUUUUAAAAAGAUUAAUUGGUAGAUUUUAUUCAGAAGAUUUUGAUAUUAGUGAUACAAAAUUAUUUAAACCUAAAUACAAUAUUCUGAGCUACUUAACAAGUAUAGAAAACAAAUGGCAGAACUUGAUACCAGAAAUUGGGCAAAGUUCGAUUCAAGAACGUCUUUAUAAUCUGAAAUCUUUACAUAUAGCGUUAUCAAAGGAUAUACUUACAAUUAAUAAUGCACUAAAGUUCGUAGAAUUUGCAAAUCAUCGACGUAUGACAACUAACAGUCAAGUUUUAGGAGAAAAAGUAGUUUCCAAACUAACUAAUGAUCUGCAUCAAAUGAAAAAUCGAAUUAAACAAAUGAUAAAGUUGAAACCAAAUCAACGUUUUAAAAAUAAAAACAAGAAUAAUGUAAAGAAGAAAUCAAUAUUCCAAAAAAUUAAGAAAAUGUUGAAAAUUUCCAAAAAAGAGUUACGAAAAUUAUUUCACAAAAAUGUUACCAAUGCUGAAGUACUACGACAUAUGGCAAGGGAAAAGAUGGAUGAAAUGAAUAAGAAAAAAAUGUCAGAAUAUGAGGAAAUUAUGCAAAGGUGGCAGAAUAAUUUGAACAUUAUGUCCGCGAGAAAUAAAAGGUCGGCUGGAGAAUUUCGAAAGUUUAUGUACAAAAUAAAGCACAUUUUUGCUCCGCGUUAUUCGAGAUCUAGAGCUAAAACGAUAAAACCUUUAAACAACAAAAACGGGUUCAAAGUAACUACCAAAAAAACCAAAUAUCGCGGUCACAGCAAGAAUAAGAAAGUAGUAUCAACGACAUCAAAAACUGUUUUAUUUAAAAAAAUAAAACAUAAUAAUUAAGGAUAUGCAUUCGCUAGUUUUAAAUGUUCAAUCAUAUCCAUUUAAAUAGCUAUAAUGUUUUUUUUAUUAUUAUUUCUUCAAAUUAAAACAAAUCUUAUGACUUUUAGGUGAA